CCCCCACCCCGGGAACGUGCUAGGGGUGCUGGGGCCCCUCCUGCCACAGCCCCGGGCUGGGUGUGGAGGGCGGGCAGUGGCCACUGUUUGCCUUGGCACACCCACCGCUGCCGGACAAAUGCCAUGGAAAGGCCCUCGGAGGUUUUGUGUCCCCUCCCUGGCUCUUCUGCGGGCUCAGCAAACAGCACAAGUGGCACUCGGCAGCUGGAGUGGCCCCAGCCUUCCCCGGCCACCCGGGAUCCUAUAAAUGCCCCCGGGCUCGGGCUGGCAAAGGGACAGGAGCACACGGAGAGAUGGACGACAGCUCCAAAGAGGCGCUGAUGGAGGAGGCACCUCCGAGGUACACGGAGUCCCCGCGCCUGCCCUGCAUCCCCCACGAGCUCAAGGCCCUCUUGCUGAUGGUGGCCCUCGUGCUGGUGGCCCUCGUGGUGGUCAACGUCACCUUCCUCCUGCUGGGGCUGCACCUCAGCGAGUCACACGCCGAGACGGUGUUGCGAAUGACCAUCCACGGGCUGGAUGGCGACGGGACCCCCCAGAAGCUCGCCAUGAGCAAGAAGGAGCGGAGCGGGACGUUCGCGGUGCGGGACGGGCUCAACGCCUCGGCCACGGUGGUGUACGACUACAGCAAGCUGCUGGUCGGCUACAGGUCCUGGCGUCAGCGCGCCUGCUACAUCACCCGCGUGGACAAGGACAACUUCCCGGGGCUGGACGCUGUCACCGAGACCUUCCAGCGCCGGCAGGAUGAGGACGCUGGGGACAAGGCCGUGCCCCUGGCUGACCGCUCCAUCCUGGGCACCACCAUCAACAUCCUCUGCAGCACCGUCCCCGUGUUCUGGGAGGAGGAGGAGGAGGAAGAGGCAGCCAUGGAGAGCAGCAUGAAGCAGGUGGUGCUUGAAGAGGAGGACCCGGGGAACGGCUGCUGCUGCCCAGGCUGCUGCUUGCCCUGCGCCACGUGCUGCGCCAAAUGCUGCACCAGAUGCAGCUUGUGCUGCGCCAAAUGCUGCACCAGAUGCAGCUUGUGCUGCGCCAAAUGCUGCUGCCUGCCCAAGUGCUGCAAGUGCCCCAAGUGCCCCACGUGCCCCAAGUGUCCUGGCUGCGGCAGCUGCUCCGGCUGCCUCAAGAAGUCCCUGUGCUUCGUCCCGCGGCUGCUCUGCUACCUGCCUCGCAAGCUCCUGAGCUGCGGCCGCCUCCGCUGCCUGCUCAUCGUGGUGGUCGUGCUGGUCCUGCUGGCGGUCAUCAUCGCCGGCGCCCUGCUGAUGUGGCUGAGCGUUGACCAGCGCCACGCCGACACCGUCCUGCGGGGCGAGCUGUGGGCUGGACCGGCCUGGGAAGAGGACGCGGUCACUUUCUACCUGGACAGCGGGGACGGGAACGCGGCCACGGUCAUCUAUGAUUACAAGAAUCUGCUGGUGAGCUACAGGGCCCGGCUGCACCGCGCCUGCUACGUGACCCGCGUGGACAAGGACAACAUCCCGGGGCUGGACACCGUGGUUGAGACCUUCCAGCGCCGGCAGGCUGAGGACAAGAUCUCCGUGCCCCUGGCUGACCGCUCCCUCCUGGGCACCACGGCGGGCAUCCUGUGCAGCCUCCUCCCUGUUUACUGGGCUUAGCCCCGCGGGGUGAGUCCGCAGGGUGGGCAGGGGGGGCUGCGGGACCCCCGCCCACCCGGCAGCACCCUCACAGCGCCAGCUUUGCCUUGCAGCACCCCCGACGGGCACAGCCCCGCUGGGAGCAUCGGGGGCUCCUCCGCGGCCGCCCCCGCGCCGCCCACCCCGAUUUUGGGGUGCGGGGGGUGAGGAGGGGUCGGGGGUCGGCGCUGGGGGGGCUGCGGGCGUGGGGCCGGGGGCGGGGCGGGGGUGUCUGCGCUGUGCCGGGGGACAGCUGGUUUGUCACUUAAGUCUUCUCAGCUUCGCCAAACCCAAGUGCAAAA